CUCUCCCUCUCUCCCUCUCUGUCUCUCUGUUUCUCGCGGCUCAGCAAAUCCACUCUCACGAUGCGUAUAUCCACCGGUCUGAUGUUUCACAGAAGCACCAUCCAGUCCAUCUGAGCCACUGGGGAGGAUUUGAGUCACAGCUCCUGCGAGAGCCUGCUUCAACAAUGAAAUCCGGGCUAUAGCUGCAAUGAUGUGGACCAGAGUCACAGCAGGGAUGAACAGGUCUGAUGAGUCCUCCUAUCAAGAGGAUGUGCUGGUCGGCAACUCCACCUGGGCCUACUCUUACUAUCACGAGAACUACACCCUGGCCCCUUCGUCGCUGCCAGACAAGGCCAGCACCUCCAAACCUGCAGCAUGCGAGCAGCUCCACAUCGCUAUCGAGGUCUUUCUGAUCCUUGGUAUCAUCUCUCUGCUGGAGAACAUCCUGGUUAUCACAGCCAUAGUAAAGAACAAGAACCUACAUUCUCCCAUGUACUUUUUUGUCUGCAGUUUGGCCGUCGCAGACAUGUUGGUGAGCGUAUCCAACGCCUGGGAGACCAUCAUCAUUUACCUCCUCAACAACAGACAGCUGGUGGUGGAGGACCACUUCAUCAGGCAAAUGGACAACGUGUUUGACUCCAUGAUCUGCAUCUCCGUUGUCGCGUCCAUGUGCAGCCUGCUGGCCAUCGCCGUGGACAGGUACGUCACCAUCUUCUAUGCACUGAGGUACCACAACAUCAUGACCAUGAGGAGAGCUGGCUGCAUCAUCGGGGGAAUCUGGACCUUCUGCACCGGCUGCGGGAUCGUCUUCAUCAUCUACUCAGACACCACUCCUGUCAUCAUCUGCCUGGUGUCCAUGUUCUUCGCCAUGCUGCUCAUCAUGGCCUCCCUCUACAGCCACAUGUUCAUGCUGGCCCGCUCGCACGUCAAACGCAUCGCCGCCCUGCCCGGCUACAACUCCAUCCACCAGCGGACCAGCAUGAAGGGCGCCAUCACGCUGACCAUCCUCCUCGGGAUCUUCAUCGUCUGCUGGGCUCCCUUUUUCCUCCACCUGAUCCUGAUGAUUUCCUGCCCGCGGAACCUCUACUGCGUGUGCUUCAUGUCCCACUUCAACAUGUACCUCAUUCUCAUCAUGUGCAACUCAGUGAUCGACCCGCUGAUCUACGCCUUCAGGAGUCAGGAGAUGAGGAAGACCUUUAAGGAGAUCAUCUGUUGUUACAGCCUGAGGAAUGCCUGCACCAACAUCUGUGCUCUGACGGGUAAGUAAUGAGUAAACUGAGACCGAGAGCACCAAUGUCGGGAAGAGUGGGAUGAACUGAUUGAAUCUGACGCUGGAGAGUGCAAAUGGGACUCUCAAAUAAGGACUGUACAGCCAAAACCCAUUUUGUGUUCUUUUCAGCAACUAUUUAAAAGUAUGAGCUGGAAAGGGGACUGAAACAUAAAACCUCCUAAUGUAUCCGCCAUGUACAUGAAGAAGGUAGGUUAUUAUGUGUAUUGUAUAAAAAAAAUCCAGCUUGAACCAUCUGAAAUUCAGUUGAAAGUGCAUCACAGAAAAACUGUUUGUGGCCUUCCUUUCAUUCUUGUUUCUUUUAUGCUUCUUUCCUUGGCCCGUCUGCUUUUUUAAUCAGCCAGGUUAUUAUUCUUUUUUCGCCCAGUUUCCUUUACAAUACUCCCAUUAGUAAACUGUAAAGGUUGCAAGAGAGCUUAGGCUCUGCCUCUGCUGUUAAUUAACGUGUGACGGCUACCGAAGCACUGCUUAGCACUGCAUAUAGGAAAUGAACAAUUCUGAACAAAGUCAGUCCGCAGCAGAGGCCACGUUUAGAUUCGGAACUUGCUUCUGCUUUUUUUCUGACGACAUUUAUGGGGGAGCUCCUGCAAGUGCAUGCAUCAAAGUCUGUGUCCAAACACUGUGGAGUGUAGGCUGCUACACAGAAUGUGUAAAAAGGAAAAAAGUAAUUUUAUGUAAAUACUAUUCACUGAAACAAGGGGUUUGAAGACAAAGCAUGCAGAACUAUUAUUUACAAUGGAUCUGUGGUUCUUUCCCCUUAUCUGUCUUUGGCUUGGUAUGAAUUCAAACGUUUUGUUCAUUUGAGUCAUUCUUUCAGUGAACGUCGUUGUAGCAGUGACCAAAUAAUGAGAUAAGAUGAGGCAGUCUCAGCAUAAUAUCAACAUUUAAAACCUCAAAACAUCAGCUAUAACACUAAAUAUAGUUAGGGUAUUAUAUUUGUUCGUUAUAUUUGUUAUUUGUUGUUUUUUUUUCUGAAUCUGAAGAUACACUGGAAAAAUAUCCUCAUGUGAUGUCACUUGAGUCAGAGUCUGUCGGGUUUAAAAAGUUCAAAAAAAUAAUAAAAAUAAAUAAAUAAUGGACCUCUUUAUCCAGCUCCUCAUCAUGACUUGAUUCCAGUUUACAUAAGCAAACUAAAAAAACCUUAACUCACCAGAAUAAUGGUUGAGCUCUACUGUAAGUCAUGCUUUCAGAAGGAUCUGUGACCCCUUACCUCCUUGAUUUCUCAACAUAUUACAUCAUUUGAUGUUAUGAAUAACGUUUUUACGAAAAUUCAAGACCUUUUUUCGUGUCAGCCCAGGACUUCCCCCCUACAGGAGUUCCCUCAAUGUUUGUAGAUUGAUACAUAUGGUAGAAACACUGGAGACAUGUAAAGUGAAAACUUUCGGAUAUUCAGAUAUGUACAGAGUGCAAUAGAUUACUUUAUAACGUGUAUUUCUAGGGUUUAUAACUUCGUAAUCCUCUGUAGAUUGUAUUCUAUUGUGCCAUGUUACCUUUAUGGAACAUUCACCCAUCAAAGAAGAUGUACGGAUUAAUUAUUUUGUAAAAAAAAAUCUGUGACUUAAAGGAGCAAUGCAUGUUCACUUUUCUAUUCUAAUCAUAACCGUGGCCUUCGACUAACAUUUGAGUCUUUGUGCCUGAACCAAAACAAAGCUUUAACAGUCGUAGUGGCAGAUAACAAUAUGAAUCAAGAACAGUAACUUGCAAGUAAUGCUUCUGAGAGACACAAGCUAAUUGUGUAAAGCGAAAGGUCACAGGCUUAUGCCCCAAUCUACAUCCAUGGACUAGAGAAGUGGCAGAUAUUAUUAUUCACGUGUUACGCUUUGAGUCAGUUAUCAGUUAUCAUGAUUUUGAUCAUAUAGCCUUAAAAAGAAUGAAUGCUGAAAAAAAAAAUGGCUGCACUAAGCUGAACAAGCAGUAUAUACACGUAACCCUAAGACUUUUUAAGCACUGUGGGUAAAGAGCAUCUGUGCUCUUUCUGUGAAUAAAGAAAAACUAAACUGAAUGUGUUAAUAUGAUUUUCCGAUGAUCCAGUGCUGAGGAAAGCUUAGAUGUUCCUCAUCCGCAUCCACAAGCAGCUACUUGGAUUGAUCAAGUUUUCUGAUGCUGAUUCUGAUACACGACGACGAUGAUGAUAAGGAUGGUUAUGAUAAGGUGGAGAUAAAAUUAUCCCCAACACACCACGAAGGCCCCAAAUGGGAUGAUGGUGCAAGGACAAUACAAGAACAUGUCCCAGUUGCUGCUGGAUUUGUGGGACUCCCUCCUCCUCCUCCUCCUGUCAUAGACUGAGACAUACGUGCAAGUUUCAGGAACCAGUCUUUGGAAUGCUCUGUAAAAUAUAUUUUGGAAUGUAAAAUACUAAUGCUGCUCAGUUCACCACCACUGCAGUGACAAACAAUCAGAAAGCCUGCAUCUAUGAUUUUAAUGAUCCACGGUUCACAUUUGCGUUCAUUCUCCUGUUAUACCUAAGAGCGGGACUGUUCCAGCCCUUAGGUGAUUAUGUGUUUACACCUCAAGCAACCUAUUGCACAUUAUGUCCGUGGGUGCAGACAGACUGGAGAAAAAGAAAUGAGUGCUAGCUGAACCUUUGAAUGACACUAGAUAUCAACAGCCAAUUUUCUGCCCACUGCUUUACACCCCGCCGCCGCAUUAGUUAUACAGUUAACGAGGAGUCUCGCGCCAGCGCUCAGCAGCGCAGGGGUUUAUCUCCUCCUCUCCUCCGCAACCCUUCCCCCGAUGAACUCUUCACACUGCGCCCUUUUCCAUGGUUACACUUGAAAUGUAAAAAUGAAUGUACAAAUAGCUUUGCAGUGCUCGCUGUAAGUGUGUGUUGGUGGUUCCUACCUCCCCGGCUAGAGUGUUAUGCAUCAUUGCUGUGAGGUAAACGCUAGAAAUGAGGUCUAGAGAUACGUAUUAAUAUUUAUUGCAACAAAAAAAAAAAAAGUAAAUUGUACCUAUUGUGCGGGUUUUUUUAUGUGUCUGCAGGAUGAUUUCUUCAAACACGAAGAAAACUGGGGUGUUUUUCUGUGUUCUCUGUUCAGUGAUGUAACUGCCUCCCUGUUGCUUUGUUUAAUGCUCACUGUAAGUCCUUCGCAAUUGUGAGAUCAAAAGCAAGAGCAUAUUAAUAUAGAAAUAAAAACGUGCACCGCAAAGGAAAAGUGCUUUACUUAAGACCCCUUGAAGCACAUUGUAUGUGGAGUCUUUUCCCUAUAGGUUUAUUUAAUGGAAAGAAAAUAGCAAAGAAACAUGAGCUUUGCUCCCUGUGAAUCCACCUCUAUCUGUACAAUUAAGGGAAAAUGGUUCCCUGUCAUUGUUGAUGGUAAAGUGCUCAUUCUUUGGUUCCCACAGAAACGGCAGCAAAAACACGGCGUGCGAUAAGACACGCGGUCGGAGGUUAAACACAUGUUUGAGCGCAAACUGCGUGGCUGAAAGUCCCACGAACACGCACGCAGCGGCGACGUAUAAGCAGCCGUGGGAUCACGUUUCAUCUGGUCAUGUGGUGCCAUGAAGAAGUUUAGUCUCAGUUGAAAGGACUGCUGUUUGUGUGGAGUGCUCUGAAUGAAAUAUUUUAUUUCCUUGUGUCUGAAUAAAAGCAAAAGAUAAAACCGC